AUGUCGCGGAUUAUGGAAGACCUUGAGGAAGGACCUGAUCCAGUUCUAGAGCCUAGCACAACAGCUCUGCGGCAUGAAAAUUUGAAUCGGGAAAUGUCCCCUGAACCAGAUCUUGACUUGAAUUUAUCCCGCGGUAUGCAUCAGGUAUGGCUUGUCAAGGUGCCAAAGUUCCUAAUUGAGGGAUGGUCACACGUCGAGAGAGAUGAUGUACCAUUGGGAACUGUGCGUGUAUACGACCCUGAUGAAAACGGGCAUCAACAGAUGGAACUUCUCCUUCCCGAAGCCCCACGUCAAGCUAUACCAAUCGAAGAUUUGCACCUUCGUGCACAAUAUGCGAAUGUGCCACGCAAAUACGAUAUGAAACUUUCAUCCACAACUGAAGAGACAUACAUGAAAAACCUAUAUGCAUUCGAAGAGGAACUUCUCGAUGAUGAUGAUGUAGCAAGUGACCUUGGCGUUGACGAAGAUAUUGUGCCGGAUUCAGUGCAUUCAAAACGCCCACGAAGUACGGGACCUGCGCGUGGACUGCACAAAAAAAAAAGGAUAACUGCAUUGACGGGCACUGUCACAAACGAAACAUCGAUCCAGCCACAGAAGCAAACAAUGGUAUCGACGUUACCGCCAGCAUCGGCAACAGAUACGAAACCUGCCCGAAUGAUUGGAAAAUCGCGUUCGCUCUUGACACCUGAGUAUCGUGAGAUCCUGCGCCAGCGCCGAAUUGAGUCAUCUACGCCGAAGCGCUCUGUGAUUAUGAUGGACAGUGGCGACGCUGGUAUGAACAACAUGCUUGCUGCUGGUGUCGGGAAGGGUCAUAUUAAACCACGCGCGACGAACUUUGUCAUGGGCAAUGCCCAAGCGCGCACGAAUGAACAGACUGAAAAGUUUGCGCGUAUCCCACGCAAUGAACUCCUUGACUUGCUUUUCAGCUUGUUCGACAAGUAUAAGCAUUGGUCUCUGAAACGAUUGCGGGAAGAAACACAACAACCUUAUGCUUAUCUCCGAGAAGUGCUUUCAUCUAUUGCCGACCAACACCACAAUGGACCCUAUGCAGGAUCGUGGAGUCUGAAGCGCGAAUACUCGGAAGGAUCUCGCACCGGUACUGCGUCUGUGUCAAAUGGCGCAUCGGCAUCAGACAAGCAGGCUGAUUCUGGAGAUGUACUAGAUGAUAUGGAAGAUGUAUAG